AUGGCGACCAUGCCCGUCGAAGGAACGCCGGUCAAUCCGGCCAUCGUCGAACCCGUGCUGGAUGAAGUUUCUGAUGAGGCCCGUGGCAGCACUCGCCCCGAGGCGGCCAUUCUGAAUGUGCCUAAUGUGGCGCCUCCCACCGAGCAAUCGAUCGCGGGUUAG